GCUGACUGUCAACACUUGACUACCAACAUAACAAAAUAAGGUCAUAAUUAUCUAUUGAAGUCGUUCAUUGCUAAAGAGUAUCAAGAAGAACGCCAUCCCUCCAUCACCAAUCUACUUUAAACAUAAGAGCAGCUCUCCAUUAGGUAUCACUUGGGGGGGAACUACACUUCAUAGCUUAAGCGAAACCAAGGAACUGUUGAUUCAGACAGGCUAUAGAUGUAAGACGACAAAGACAAACCAGUUCCUGUCUCUCUGGUGGUGUAGCUAACUUCCUGUGCCUCUGCUGCUGCUUGUGUUUGACGCUCUCUGUCAUCUGUGAGACUGCUGUUUUCACAGAUAUGGAUUUUUUGAUGACAGAUCCAACAUAUAAACUUCUUAUCUUUUUAUUCAUGAUACCAGGAAUGUACGGAGAUAUUAUAAAUUAUAAUGCUGCCACAAUUGCUGUGGAGGGACAGAACAUCAGCCUGCAGUGCAUUGUGGGAGAGGAGCAAAACAUCACAAUUAUCCAGCUGGAAUGGAUUAAACAGCAAAAACCAAAUGAGAAGAACGAUCAGAAGAUUGUUGUGUUCCAUCCUAUGUUGCCAACAUAUUAUUUUCGAUCCGGUUCUCUUCUGGAGACAGUGACCAGUUCAAAAACUGGGAAGCUGCAGGGCUCAAUCCUGACUCUGCAUGAAGUUACAGUGAAUGACAGUGGAAAUUAUAUUUGCGAAAUUACUUCUUAUCCCAAUGGCUCAAUUAAAAGAAUCACAAAGCUGCAAGUGACAGAGCCUCCAGCAUCAGUGAGGAUGCCAUAUCCAUAUGGAUUCAUAAAAGAGGGGGAUGAUAUGAAAAUAACUUGUUCAGCGAUCCCUCCACCACUCCAUUAUAAACUUGGAAGGUCAAAGGACCAGACAUUUUGGCUGGAAAGCUCAAACGGAGAGUUCAUUUUACCAAACGUCACCAGAAAUGACAGCGAUGUGUACAUCUGUUUACCUGAAUGGGACUCAUUAGUCCGAAAUCAGCAAGGUCUCAAUGCCACCGUCGAACUGACUGUGAAUUUUCUUGAUGGCAUUGAGUGUAACACAAGCAGCCCUUUAAACGUCAGCGCUGGUGAGGAUGUAGCGAUUUCUUGUAUCGCAAAAGCUUCACAGCACUUGCAGUAUAAGUGGAUGAGGGGUGACAAAAUACUGUCUCUCUCAGACACUUUGUCUCUGACCUCCGUAACAUCUGACCAGUCAGGAACAUACAAACUGACAGCUGUCUUUCUGGACAAUCAACUCCAGACAGACAUGGAGAUUUUUAUCCAGGUUCUCUCAAAGCAAAGUGAAGGAAUGACAACUCCUUUCCCAGUAAGGACCACCAAACAUCUGAGCAGCUUUACCUCCAAUGGGACCAGCUCAUGGAGCACUGAUACCACUGUGUCUACAUCACAAUCUGGUCACUUGCUAGCCAGCACAGUGAAACCAAAUGCCACUCUGACAACCUUACAACCCAGAUACACCAGCCAUCCCACUCCUCUCACUGGCAGCUCUUCUGCUCCACCUGUUGGCAAUGCAUCUACAUUACAUGCAAGCACUGUAAAAUCUAUAGACACCUCUACAGACAGUUUGAGCACAACUCCAGAUCCAGCUACAAGAAGAAGAGAAAGAAUCACCACUGAUAUAACACAGAAAAACAUCACCACUGUUACAGCAACAAAAGCCUCAAAAAGCUCAGCAUACAUCGCUGUCCCAAUCGUGUUGCUGUUGCUCGUGUUGAUUGUGCUUUUAUACAGAAGACACCAGAACCAAAAAAAAAUGGAUUUGCCACCUCCAUUCAAACCUCCCCCACCACCAGUGAAAUACACAUCAGUGAGGAAUCAUGAUGUCCCUAUGACUGAUAUUCUAGUGUGAAUGUAUAAUGCUCUUGAGAACCCACAAACCGUGGGCCACAAAUAUGCUGACAGGAAGAUUUUUCCCUUAAGGCCUCACCCAAAAAUUUAAAUUGUUUAAUCCAUUAUAUUUCAUCAAUACUUUGACGCUUUAAAAAGUUUAUAAAGACAUUGUAAAUGUUAGCAAUUAGAAUCUUGUUGUUGAAUUUAAAACGUCUUCUAAAGAGACAGAUUUAAUUUUAAAGCUUUUAUUAACAUAUAAAAACGUUGAUCAAAACCCAAGCCACAUCAAAUAUGUUUAAAAAAUGUGAUUUGAAGUUAAACGGAAGUCUAGUGGGUUUAGAAUUUUCAUAUUUGGGUGAAUUACCUCUUUAAUGUUUUAUUUUGUUAUAUUUUUUGUUAACAUGAGAUCCUUGUUUUAUGUGUUUUAUGUUAUUUCCUCUGUAGUUGUAUAUAAUAUCUGUUACUCUUGUAAAUAAUUUGGGUUUGUUGUUUUAGUAAGUUUUUAAAAUAAUUUUCAAAAAUGUGACUGAAUUUUUU